AUGUCUUGUCAGCUUCACCCCGCUCAUCUCACAAGCAACUUGCGUCUUGUCAGCUUCACCCCGCUCAUCUCACGAGCAGCUUACUUUGUUACUGUUGUUUGUGAACCAAACUACAGUGGCAAUCAACUGGAGUGCCUGGUUAUUCACGCAGCUCUUGUGCAACUAGUUCACAACACAACAGUACUGAACUCCCCAGGCUUCGAGAGAAGAGGCUCCAGCGCCCGUGAGUACAAACCACAAGCACCUCUGAGCCUCCAGGACACCGGCCCUGGCAGAGGCCACUCCGGCUCCGCCUGCUGCGUGCCCAAAGCCCUGCCGGGGGUUUCCAGCAGGCGGAGCGGCAGCGCUCGGGCCGGCGGCCGCCCCCGCGCUCCGCCCCGGCCCGGCCGCGCAGCCACUCAGCGCCCGCGGGACCCGCGGAGGCGGCGGCUUUCCCGGCAGCGGCGGCGGCCGUGCCGGGCAUCUCGUCCGUGCUCACCGCUCCCGCGGCCCAGUGCCCGAGCCCUGCGGCUCCCGCCCCCUGUGCAGCCCCUGCUCCGGGUGUCGCCGGUGAGUGGAGGAGCGGCCCUGCUCCGGGCGAGCCCGGUGAGCUCGGCGCUGGAGCAGGAGCACUGCCGGCAACACUCCGGGCGGGCAGCGCGCAGGGACGCCAGAGCCCCGGGAACAGCCCUUGUGCGCCGGCUGCCGCUGGCGGGCAGGGGAUCCCGAAGGAGCCAUCGAACCAGCCGAUGGGGAGAUUCGGGGCUGGCGUGCACCGCGUGUUUGGAAUUGGUAGCUCCGGUGAGGUUGCCCUCGGAGCGGCAAUGGGAACACCUGCACUGUGACCAAGGAGGAAGGAUGAGCACUCACCCUUGGAUAGGUAUUUUCCUCAUAUGCAAAGUGCAGAAGUUACAAGUUAAUGAAUUGCAUGUUAUGAAUUAGAGAACUUGUGAGUUACAAACCUCAUGACUGCUGUGAUGAAUUAGUGAAUUCAUGAGCUAGACUACUUUGUACAAAGGGGAUGGAGCCCUUCUUCAUCAUGUUUGCUUUCUUUCCUAAUAAGCUUAUAAAAUAAAGUUUAAUUUGC